UGAUAAGAACCACUUCCGUGAUCCGUAUGAUUUUGUGACUGAGGUGUGUGAGGUUAUACGUUGUGAUGUAUUAGUUUUUGUAAAUGUCAAUAUAAAAUCAUUAAAAAUUGAGUCAACAUAUCUGAAACAGAAUUUCGAGAAAAAAAAUAAAUACUUAACAUAAUGUGAGUGUGACUUAUAUGAGAAAAUGGGACGUCCAGUGUCAAAACCAAUUAAUUAGUUAAAAAAUGGACAAUUUAGAAACUUGUUCCAAUAAUUCCGACCUAGACAGUUCAAGCUGCUCGAGCUUAUCAGCAGUAUCAGGAUUUGAAGACGAGCUAUUAGAGAUUAGAUCCCUUAUUGCAGCCUCCCCAAGAUUAAAGCCCAAAUCUCCAAAUACAUCAACACAGGCUGAUAAUAAUUACGCAGAUUUUUAUCAAUAUGAAAACAAAAUACGAAAUCUAACAGCCGAAUUAGAAAACACAAACAAAUUAAAUGACAAACUUAAAAAAGAAAUAUUAGAAUUGCACCGCAGAUAUGAAUUGGAUAAUCACAAUAAAUUCGAAAAAUUACUAUCAGCAAACAAGGAACUGCAACUCCAAUUGAACUUGGCCAAUGGCCACAUCAAAAACUUAGAAAAAAGCGACAAAAAAAACAGCGAAAGUGAAAGCGUUACAUCUUUAGAAAAGUCCAAGUACGAGUUAAGUUUACAGGUCAAUGGGCUUCAAAAAGAACUGAAACAUUGGAAGAAUUUGGCAAUAGAAUUCGAAGAAGAUAACAGAAAGCUUAAGGUUCAUGUAGAAGAAGACAAAUGUACGUUAGAAACGAAAUCGAAUGCUGUAGACGCACUCAAAAAAGUAAUAUCAGAACUGCAUCUUCAACUGCAAAAUUUAAUCCAAAGUAACAUUAAAACAAACAACGAUCUGGCCAUUAAAGAGAACGAAAUCGAAGCAUUAAAUAACUCGAAGAAAUGGUACAAAAAUCAAUUACAUCUAUGUCGGGAAGAGAAAAACAAAUUGUUCGAAGAAAAAGUAAAAUUAAACUCGGAAAUUGUCUUAAUAAGCAACGAUCUCAAUAGCACCAAGGACGACUUUAAUAAUUACAAAAAUAAGACUCAUGAAUUGAUAUUAACAGCAAGCAAAGAGAAAACUAAACUUGAGAACAAAUUACAGAGAUUUUCAAACCAAAAUGACCAGAAGACAAUUAUUGGCGACUGCUUGGAGCAAAAUUUUGAAAGUACAUUGCAUCAUUACCAAGACAUCAUAAAAGAUUUGAAGUUGGAGGUCGAGUCCGUAAAAGAAGAAAUUUCAGCUCAACAACUGCAUUUUGAAUCUGUCAAGAAACAGAACUCGGAUUUGAUAUCACUCAACACAGUAAUUCAAAAAAAGCUAAGCGAAAAGCAAUACGAAAACGAGAACAUGCAAUUGGAAAUAAAAAAUCUAGAAACGAACAGAGAUUCGUUAAAAAAACAACUAAACAAGAAAGAACAGUUGCUGAUCGAGUUAACAACUGAAAACGCACAAUUGCAAACAACAUUGAAAACAUUGUCAGACGAAAAACAAGAAGUCGAAACAGUCGUGGCGUUUAUUCGCGAAAAUUUCGACAAACUUUUAACGAAAUUCAACUAUCUCAAAUCAGAACUACGCGAAAAGGAACAAACAAUUUCGAAAAUGCAAUCAGAAAACCACAAAAUGUUUAUGAACAAUAACUGGCACGUAUUCGAGUUAGAAAAGCUCCAAGUUGAUAACAGAAAAAUUAAUAACUUGGAAGAAACAAUCGACAAAGUAAAACUGAAGGAAGAAAUUUUAAUGCAGGAAAACAACAGACUUACAAAACAAGUGGCAGAGUUACAAAAGCGAAUAGAAAAAGUGAAUACAGAAAAAGUGAAUUUAUUGAGCAAGUUGUCGUCGAUUGAAGAGGCAAAUAAAAGAUUAACCGACGAAUGCAAAAAAGAACAAAACAUGUACCUAGCGAAAACGAAUCUGUUGAACAGCGAAAUAGAAAAUCUCAAUAACGAGGUUGGAAAUUUAGAAACGCUAAUCGCUAAUUUUAAAUCAGAAAGAGACGAAUUAGAAAAAGAAAAAGAAACAUUAUUCAAAGCAACGGUAGAGUUACGAAAAACAGUAGAGAGAAUGGCUGCAGAAAGAGAAUUUUUCGAAAACAACAACGAAAUUUCGUUGAAAGACAAAAACUACGAUCCAAAAGGUAUAACAAAAGUUGAAUUAUUCAAAAAAGUUGCAGAAGGAAAUCCGUCAAUAACAAAAAAUGACAAUUUUAACACUCUUAUGUUAAAACUAACAAUUCUAAUUAAAUACGUCAUGAGCAACAAUAAUUCGUGGGAACCGCAAGAUUUUAUAGCCAAAGACUUGCUACAGUCAAACGAACUGCUUAGAGGUUUGUUGGAAUCAAUUUCUGCGAUUCAGAAGUUAAAGUCGAAUCUGCUCGCGAAAAAUAUUCGAUAUGAAAAAUUUAUAAUGUUAAUAAUUGAAAAAUUACAAUCGGGCAGUCAGGAAGCCGACGAGAAAUACAAAAUUUUACUCGAAAGACAAAGCAGUCUGGAGUCCAAGUUACUAUCAAUGACCAAUCUUUGUAAAGAACUAACCCAAAAUGUGAAAAUUAAAAGUCUCGAUGACAAUGAUUGCAAUAAAUCAGUAACAAAAGAAAAGGAUGUACAAACAAUUGAAAAAUUGAAUAUAUUGUUACAGGCGAAACAAUUAGAAUUGAAGGAGAAACAAAAGAAAUACGAAUCAAACUACAGGACGUUAAUUAGGAAGUUAAAGGAGCACAUGAGAGGCCGCAGAAACUCAGAAAAACAUUGCACCUAUCUGGAAGAGCUUUACAACAACGUUUUCGACGAACUGAACACCUUCAAAUUGAAGUACAGUACCAGCGAGCAGGAACUGCAAAGUAUAAAGUACGACUGCGAAAACCAUAAGGCAACAAACGAAAAACUGAAAGCGAAACUGAUAGAAAUGCAAACACGACAGGUCAACGGUUGCGAGAAAUGUACAGAACUGAAGAAAAUGCUCGAAGAAAAGCAAAGUUCCUUGCAACUUAUCAGCAAAAUCGUUCAAGAAAAGGAGAACCAAUUGGGCAUGUACAAAACUCUAGAGUUAGAAUAUGAGAAACUAUCACAGUGGAAAGAGAAAUUAGAAAACCAAUUAAAAGACGAUAAGAGAAACAACGAAAAAUUGACGAUCGAAUUAUCAGACAGAAACAGAUUGGUCGCGUUCCUCGAGGAGUCGCUAGCGUCCCUCAGGAACUUGUUCACCGAAGUGACCGAGAAGCUGGUCAAAGAACAAGAAGAUCACAUACAGACACGCAAAGAAAGAGACGGUGUCAUAGAAGAGCUCAAUUGCCAAAGAGAAGAGAACGAAAUUAUCACUGAUAAAAUAAACAAUUUGAGUUGUAAACUUAAUCAAACCGAAGGCGAAUUAAGUAAUUUACGAACUCAAAGGCAAAAUGACGAGUGCAACUGGAACAAGAAAGAGUCGGAAAUGCAAAAUUUGAUAAACCUGUUGAGGAAUGAGGGUAUAUUUUUGAAAAACGAUCUUCAAGUGAUCAAAAAUGAGAACUCGUUGAAUAAAAAAUUCUGCUCGGAACUAAAAAUGGCUUUGGAUGCUACUGUACGACAAAACAAGAUGUUAAAAGAGCAAAUGUCGAAGCAUUUCCGACAAAAUAGUGGCAAAACUAGUCUUUCCGAUUUAUUAUCAAAUUUCCCUUCGCCAAACAAAUGGAACGAAACGUAUAUUAACGAAUUAUUGAAAAGGAACAAUUCGCCGUUGCCAAACCCCUUUCCUGAACUUAACAGUUCGUUGGCUUCCCUAAAGGAAGAAGUGAUAGGACUCAGAAAACAAAUUUUCGAAAAGAAUGGUUUCCAAAAACACUAGCUAAUUAUUAGGAAUGUAGGUACUUAUUAUUUAUUUAUUGUAUUUGUGCCAAGUAUUAUUUAGUACCAACAAUAAUCUAAUUUUUGUAUUGAAUAAUACAUAAAUGUUAUUGCCUU